AUGGGGCCAAUAUGGGAGGGGCGCACGCCGCCAGACAGGUUGAUAACAUGUUGUAUGGAGUCAUUGGCAUCUGAGAUCUUGAGCCUUAACCUGAACCAUACGAGUAUCCAUUUAUCUGAGGAAAGCUGGAGAACAUUGGAAUUAUGUUUUAACAAGAGCCAGAGGAAACAAUCAGCGUUUGAUCUGCUUCUGGAGCAACAGAGUGUGAAUGACCAGGGCGCUGGUCAAACCCACCGCUCAACAGCAAAGAAAGGCGCGCUAUUACUCCUCGGAUGUCCCAGCGAUGGUUUUGCCUUAGCCGAUUGCAAAGACCAAUUACGGAGACUUGCGGGAAAUUUUGUUGCUGACUUGAUAAUUGGCUCGGUGCAGGGUGAGAAGGCAAAAAUUUCCAAGUUCUGCGAAUCUCGAUGUCAGAUUCCUUCAAGAAAGAGUCGAGGCUUGCGGAGCGGCCUUUCGGAGUCCUCUAACUGGCUUGAUAAUGCUUGA